UCUUGUGUCAAAGCGGAAGAGCUGCGGCGCUUUGGGCUCCCGUGUCUCCGCUUCUUCUUCUCUCCCUCUGCCCGCUCUUCACCGCAUCGUUUCGGGGGGAAUAAACCUCCUCUCCGGGCCUCGUCUCGCCCCGGGCCGUGGGUCUGAACUCACCCGAGGACUUUUAAUCAAAUCCGGGCGCUGAAAUUGACCAAAAACGAGCAUGGAGACGCACGAGAAGGGACCCGUGCUGCACAUCGUAGUGAUUGGAUUUCACCACAAAAAAGGCUGUCAGGUGGAGUUCUCGUACCCUCCUCUGGUCCCGGACGGAGAACACGACAGCGGACUGAUCCCAGAGGAGUGGAAGUACCUGCCGUUCCUCGCUCUGCCAGACGGGGCGCACAACUACCAGGAGGACACGGUGUAUUUCCACCUGCCUCCUCUGAGCGCCGAGCAGAAGUGUGUGUACGGAGUCUCCUGCUAUCGCCAAAUAGAAGCCAAGACUCUGAAGGUGAGACAGGCCGACGUGACCAGAGAGACGGUCCAGAAGAGCGUCUGUGUCCUCAGCCGAGUGCCUCUGUACGGUCUGCUCCAGGCCAAACUCCAGCUCAUCACUCACGCCUACUUCGAGGAGAAAGACUUUUCACAGAUCUCCAUUUUAAAGGAGCUGUACGAUCACAUGAACAGUUCUCUGAGAGGGUCGGCUCUGGAGGGAUCACAAGUUUACCUCGGUUUAUCACCGAGAGAUUUAAUUUUGCACUUUCAACACAAGAUCCUUAUCUUAUUUAAACUUAUUUUGCUGGAAAAGAAGGUUUUGUUUUACGUGUCUCCGGUGAACAGACUGGUGGGAGCCCUCAUGACCGUUCUGUCACUGUUUCCAGGUUUGGUGGAGCACGGCCUCGUCGACUCGUCUCACUACAAACCCAGGAGCAGUAUCUCUGAGGACACCGGUGUGACGCCCGAAAGCGGCUCCGCGGCAGAAGAGUUUGUGUCCGUUUCCGUCACCGACCUAUCAGAGCAUGAGGGGGGCGGGACCACGGGGAAGCCCACCAAUCAGAGGCCAGAGAGGCGGGAGGGGGCCGACACAGCGACCAAUCAGAGGCAGACGACACAUACAGGAGCUAAUGGAGACAGUAAUGGAGAGAGUUCGUUCCUGAAGCCUCCGUCCCGGACCUCGCCCGACUCCUCUGAGAGCGACUGGGAGACUCUGGACCCCAGUGUUCUAGACGAGACCAAAGACCAGACCUCAGACCAGACCGAGCAGAUCCCGGACGCCUUUGAGUCUCCGGCCGGGACGCCCAUCACGUCUCAGCCUCUGGGGGGCGCCGGAGGAGUGAGUCAGGGGCUGGUGUCCGGACUGGAGGAGGAUCAGUACGGACUCCCACUCGCCAUUUUCACCAAGGGUUACCUGUGUCUGCCGUACAUGGCUCUGCAGCAGCACCACCUCCUGUCAGACGUCUCCAUCAGAGGAUUUGUGGCCGGAGCAACAAACAUCCUGUUCAGACAACAGCGCCACCUCAGCGAUGUGGUCAUAGAGGUGGACGAGGCCCGGAUCCAGACCCAGGACCCGGAGCUGCGCCGGGCUUUGGCUCUGACCACGGCGGACCUGAGAUUCGUGGAUUAUUUGGUGAAACACGUGACGGAGAACCGAGACGACGUGUUUCUGGACGGGACGGGCUGGGAGGGAGGAGACGAGUGGAUCCGGGCUCAGUUCACUCUGUACCUGCACUCUCUGCUGGCGUCGGCGCUGCACCAGGAUAACGAGCGUCUCUUAGCGGACUACGGCGCCCCCUUCAUCACCGCCUGGAAAAUGACACACAAUUAUCGAGUCUGGAUCAGCAACAAACACCCGGGGAUGACGCACAUCACUGCAGGACACCCGUUCCAGGGACAGUACAGCGUGGCGGACGUCAAACUGCGACUCUCACAUUCGGUGCAGAACAGUGAAAGAGGAAAGAAGUUCGGAAACGCCAUGAUGACGACGAGCCGCAGCAUGGUGCAGACGGGGAAGGCCGUCGGUCAGUCUUUAGAAGGAGCUUUGACCAGCGCCAAAUCCGCCAUGUCUUCCUGGUUUUCCACGUUGGCCACGCCCUCCUCCAUCACGCACCAAUCAGAACCCUCCGCCCCGUCCACAGACGCGCCGACGGAAGCCCCGCAGUGACCAAAAAAAAUCACCACAGCAUCACCCACUACGACUUUACCCAGACAAUCCCAGAGUCUCACUGCGCACGGACUCCAUGAAGGAACGAGAAGGAACCAAGUCAGAAUUUAGUUUUUAAGCGAUUUCUCCGACGAUGGGACGAUGCAUUUCCACUGUGAACCGAGACCCCGAUUCUGCUGCAGAUUUCAAGGUUUGUUUAGAAAAAGUGACUAUUUUACUGACAAAUGAAAUUAUUAUUUUAAAAAUAAACGUUAUGCAGCAUGUGGCACCUUUUUAAACGCGAAUAUUUACCGAAACACUGCCUCUGUUUGUUAAAAUUGUUUGUGGAGGAUGGUUAAAGGUCGGCGCGCUCACCCCGCAGCGAGGAGGUCUCAGGUUUGAUUCCAGGAGGUCGAAGUUAAAUUUUAAAGCGGGGGUAUUGUGCAAAAUCGAUUUUUAAAAGUAAUAAUCCCUCGUCAAAAACACGUCUGAAGAGCUUUUUGACUUAUCCAUUUCCGUUUGAGUCAUCUAGCGAUCUCUCCAGCGUUCUAUUCAAACCCUCUUUACGUUUUUUAGCUGUGAGAUUCAGUACGAGGCUCCGCCCACAAGCCGACGUCACUCGUACGUCGUGUAAUAAAACAUCAGGACCAACUAAAGCGAGCGAAAAACGUUUACGAUUUACCAAGUGAUUAAAAAAAAAAAAAACUCAUACAGUAUACAGCCAGUUUUUAAAAAGGUUCACUGCGUAACUUUUCCAGUGGAAGUGUUUGCCGUUCGCUUGUCUCCAUGGUGACGUUACUAUUUUGCCUGGGAUGUUCCACAGUACGGCAUUAAACUUAUAAGUUCAACUUUUUUACUAGAUGUUUUUAUUUGUCUUAAAUCUCUUGAUAAACAUGUGUUAUUACUUUGAGUGGGCUCGCCUCUCCACAGAUCUGUCCUGUAACUUGGUUCGGGUUGCGUCAUCUACUUGUCUCCAUGGAGGCUUUACCGCUUUGCCUGGAAUGUUCCACAGUAUGGAAAUAAACUUAAAAAUCCAAGUUUUUUACGGGAUAUUUUUUAAUUUCUUGAUAAACAUGUGUUAUUACUGUGAGUGGGCUCGCCUCUCCACAGAUCUUUGUAGUAUAAUCUGCUUGUCUCCAUGGUGACGUUACCGCUUUGCUUGGAAUGUUCCGCAGUAUGGCAUUAAACAUAAUCCCUGUAUCGUUCUUUCAUUCGUUUUUCAAAAUAAAACCAAAAAUAAGAAAACGAAAAAAAAAAACUAUUUUCUUUUCAUUAUUUGUCUCCAAAACCAAAAUGAAAAAACAGAUAAUGAUUCGGGUUUUUUUUUCAGUUUUUGAUUUUGUGUUUAAAUGAAAAAUGGAAAAAACGGAGAACGGACUGAACCAGGACUGAACCAGGACUGAACCAGGACUGAACCAGGACUAAACCAGGACUAAACCAGGACUAAACUGGGCCCAGAGUUACGCCUGCAUAAACUUCCAGGUGUUCAGGACUGAGACUGGGACCAGGCUGGGACCAGAACUGAGACUGGGACCAUGACCAAAACUGAGACGGGGACUAAGACCCGGAUCAUAUUGGGACAAGACCGGAAGUGAGACCGGAAGUGAGACCGGAAGUGAGACCGGAAGUGAGACCGGAAGUGAGACCGGGACUGAGACCGGGACUGAGACCGGGACUGGUUUAGUCCUGGUUCUGUCCAUUAUCCAUUUUUUACAUUUUCAAAAAACUAAAAAUCAACCAAAAUCAAAAACUUUAAAAAAUUAAUCAUUAUCUGUUUUUCAUUUUGGUUUUGGAGACAAAUAAUGAACAAAACUGUUGUUUUUUCAUUUUCUUAUAUUUGGUUUUAUUUUGAAAAACAAAUGAACGAACGACACACGGAUGAACCAGACAGAUCCUGCUUUUUUACUCGACGUUUUUCUUCUUCUUCUCAGCUCUUGAUAAUCGUGUUCUUACUGUGAGUGCGCUCGCCUCUCCGCAGAUCUGCCCUGUAACCUGAGCUAGAUAAUAAUGCCACACUGUGGAACAUUCCAGGCAAACUGAAAGAGGGACGUUGAAACUGAAGGUGGCAGGCAGGAGAUCUUCCUCUAGAAAAGUUACGCAGUGCAGCUUUAAGCCGUUUCUCGCCAUGUCUGAGGUUUUCAACACUAACGUAACCACGACCGUUUAGUUUUAACGUCUUUUAACGUUGAUAUUGUCGACCUUCUGAACCUAAAAAUAUAUCGAAAAUGUAGAAUUUUUGGUGUUGAAAUCAUGUUACUGUCGUGAAAUCGUUGUUUCAUGUUUUAGUCACUGGAGUCGACCUGAAACGAUGCACCUUCUUUGCACAGAACGACCGUUAAAAUGACAAAUAUUACACCUUUGAUUUAUUUUUAUUUUUUUUCACAUCAGUCGGAAGUGUCUCGAUGUAGGUUUGUGGAACUUCCGGUUAAAGGUUUUCUGUGUAAAUGUGUAAAUGUGUGUGUAAAUGUGUGUCGUUUUCUCCAGCAGCUUCAUAAAUCUGCCCCAUCACCAAAUCUUCAACCAACAAACUCCACAAAGGAUAAACAUUCUUCACUUUUGAUUCGAUAUAUUUCAAAUCGAUUCGAUACGGAUCAAUAAAAAAUAAAGUCUAAGUCAUGUCUGUGAUACUAAAAGUUAAACCACUUCUUCUUGUACAAAGUGAAUAUGAAACACAAACAUUUUAAUCAUCAAAACAGUGAAAAUGUCAAAUGUGUCACAUAAACAAGUUUCUUUCCUCUAAACAAACAACAAAACUGUAGCUCUGUAACUAAAUAAUUGAUUGAAAUAAACCAAAAAAAUCUUCUUGGAGAUAUAUCGAUACGAUAUUUCGAUGUUUUUUUUGUUUUUUUUUUUGCACAGCCUUGUCCAGAGUCCUGCACCAGGUCGAGUUAAUAGUUGCUGAAACGGGCGGGUUUUAACAUUCUGGAAUUUUAUGGGUGGGUCGUGAUUACACACGGGCGGGUCAGGACUAAACCAGGACUAAACCAGGACUAAACCAGGACUAAUCUUGGACUUAGGAGAGAGAAUCCCAAGCCCAAGGAGCAGAUGCACUUACCUCUAUGGAGCAUGAAGCUCUGAGCCCGUCCUUUCACAGUCACCCAACGGUCUACACGGGCGCACCUCUGAGUCCGUCCCGAUAGUGAGUCCUAGUUCAGGCCUGUUUUAGUUCCGUUUUAGUCCUAGUUUAGUCCUGUUUUAGUCCUACGUCAGGCCUUGUUUAGUCCUGGUUUAGUCCUAGUUCAGGCCUGUUUUAGUUCCGUUUUAGUCCUAGUUUAGUCCUGUUUUAGUCCUACUUCAGCCUUG